AUGGAUGAGCCGUGGUGGGAAGGACGCGUCGCCUCGGACGUCCACUGCACCCUUCGCGAGAAGGAGCUGAAGCUGCCGGCCUUCCGAGCCCACUCCCCGCUCUUGAAGAGCCGCCGGUUCUUUGUUGACAUCCUGAGCCUGCUGAGCGGCCACUGCCAGCUCUGUCCCGCGGCCCGGCACCUGGCCGUCUACCUGCUGGACCACUUCCUCGAUCGCUAUAACAUCACCGCCUCCAAGCAGCUGUACACCGUGGCGGUCUCCUGCCUCCUGCUCGCAAGUAAGUUCGAGGACAGGGAAGACCACGUCCCCAAGCUGGAGCAGAUAAACAGUACGAGGAUCCUGAGCGGCCAGAACUUCACCCUCACCAAGAAGGAGCUGCUCAACACAGAACUGCUGCUUCUGGAGGCCUUCAGCUGGAACCUCUGCCUGCCCACGCCCGCCCAUUUUCUGGACUACUACCUCUUGGCCUCCGUCAGCCAGAAGGACCACCACUGCCACAGCUGGCCCCCCGCCUGCCCCCGCAAGACCAAAGAGUGCCUCAAGGAGUACGCCCACUACUUCCUAGAGGUCACCCUGCAAGAUCAUAUUUUCUACAAAUUCCAGCCUUCUGUGGUUGCUGCAGCCUGCGUUGGGGCCUCCAGGAUUUGCCUUCAGCUUUCUCCCUACUGGACCAGAGACCUACAGAGGAUCUCAAAUUACACCCUGGAACAUCUCAGCACAUGCAUUGAAAUCCUGCUGGUAGCUUAUGACAACGUCUUCAAGGACGCUGUCGCGGUCAAGAGCCAGGCCUUGGCAAUGGUGCCCAGCACAACCCCCGCCCCCACCCAAGUGCUGUUCCAGCCGCCCGCCUACCCCACCCUCAGCCAGCCAGCGACGCCGGGCCUGGCCCAGUUCCAGACCCCCGUGCAGGACCUCUGCUUGGCCUAUCGAGACUCGCUGCAGGCCCACCGCUCUGGGAGCCUGCUCUCAGCGGGCUCUGGCUCAUCCCUCCACACCCUGUACCCCACCCUCCAGCCCCUGGAUGUGUGCCCCGUGUCCCUCCCCACGCCCCUCAGCAUGCAGAUGGCCAUCACAGCUGAGCCCAGACACUGCCUCACCACCACCUAUGGAAGCAGCUACUUCAGCGGAAGCCACGUGUUCCCCACAGGCUGUUUCGACAGAUAGGGCACCUUCGGGCCACAGAGGGAGGCCUUGGAAACUCACCUGGGCAGAGGAAGAGGACACAGAUGAGGGGAGCUCAGCCGAGUGAGGCAGUGGGGAGGCCGUCCCCACAGAGCCUCGCUGACUUUGAACACAGAGGGUUCAUGUUCUUUUUAAACAAAGCCGACCCAGAGCAAAGUGGUCAAUGACAUCCCUCCCCCGAGAGAAUUCCUCUGGAAAACGUCUUCCACAU